AUGUGGAUAAGGAUAAUAUACCUUCUGUCGGGGCUGAUUCUCGGUGUUUCAGCAGCCGAGGAGAGAUUUCCCCCGAAUGCCAAUCAUAUCUUCAACGCCGUCCAUUCAUCCAUGCGGCAAUGGGGCUCCUCACUGCACCACAACGGCAUGUCCUUCUUUUUGGCUUCAGUGCCCGCAGGGACGCAACUUUACCACGGGAACACAAGUCCUGAACCAGUCAAUGGAACGGAGUGGCUCGCUUUUGAGCCAGAACAUGCUCUGGUAUUCACAAAACCAUUCCCACAUGGCCCUCCACCACCCCCUGACCAACCACACGGUCGCUCCCAGAAACCGCUGCAGUCAACCCAAGAGCCGGAGUCAGAAGAUGACCCACACCAGAGAGGGUGGUUACACACCUAUACUACGGCCAAAGACCUGCGACUGCUGUAUGUCGACGGCAUGUCGGCCGCGAAAACUGACAAUGGGACCAUGGACUCCCAGGAUCGGAUCUUAUUCCACGAUAAACUGGAGGGUCGCCCGGCGAUGCAAGAGCGCGAACGGGCGGAUCUUGCGUGUCAAAUGGCACGCGAAAUGUGGAACGGUCGUCUUGAUGGGUUGCUUCGUAUGGAGGCAGGAUUCGAGGUGAUUUUGUGUGACUUUGGACGAGACCUGAAUGUCGUGCGUGUCACUCGAGUGAAAGGGGAUACGAAAAGGGGACAAAGAAAUGGAAGUGGUGGAAAUGGGACAAGCCAGGGGAACGAGUUGGGUGGGGCCAGGCUUUGGUACAAGGCCGCCGCGUCGAGAUACGGCGGUAUUGGGGGCCGUCGAGUUGCUCUCAACUAUGAUCAUUUCGUCUCGGCGUUUGCCUAUGGGUUGGAUCUGUUUCGCCAAUCUGAAGACACCGGUGUCAUGCAUCCUCGACUGACCAAUGUCCCUUCUCAAGACCUCGACCCGAUUCGGCAAGAUCUAAGCCGGCUUAUCCUCGAUCACGACCCAAUAGAGGUGUCAUUCGAUUGGCAGGCUAUUGCGGACAUGGUGGUGGAGCGAUACGGGCGCGAUCUGCGGUAUAUGACGUCUGGACAGCUCACGACCAUGAGUCAACUCGAGGAGGAAAUCGAAAGUACCCUGAUCCCAUUCAUCGACUACGACGACCGAAACACCUCAAGUGAGGUCGAUCGAUGCUCCUACCAGUUUAUCCCUGCAGAAGCACCACAGGAAGGGCUCGCUGCCCUCGCAGUGCGAUCCGUAGCCAGGUCGAUUUGCACUACUCUGGUGGAUGUGUGGAGUCAAUCGGACUACCCGAUGGCUAUCGCCCAACUCCAGGAGCUGACUGACUACUUGUCGUGGACAACUUGGAAGGAAUGCGGAAAGUGUCCCGAUAAUGAGAUCUGCAUGGUGCCUCUCUGGCCGCUGGGAACAAUAGAGGAUUAUAAGCAUCCUGAGUGUCGCGAUGCCUCGAUGCCGAAUGGAAAGGGCCGGAGGUACUGGGGAACCCUGCCCCAGCCCCCCGCCUGGCGAUGA